AUGUGGUUCAUGGAGGAGACUCUUGAUGCCCUUGAUGAGGAUCCAACUGACUCAUUAGAGCAGGAGGACAUUCCUUCAGCUCCAGUAGAUCCAUGGGAGGAGUAUGACCCUUCAAAUGCGCCAGACCCGCGAUUUCUACCUUUUACCUCAGAGCUUGAUUGGAGGAUUGCGCAGUGGGCUGUUCGGGACGGCCCAGGCAACAAUGCCUUUGACAGGUUGCUAGCUAUUCCCGGGGUUGUCAACAAGCUAGGACUUUCAUAUCGCAACAUCUGCGCGCUACAUAAGAAACUAGAUUCUAUGCCUGAUAAGGCUGGCAAGUGGCAAACCAAGCAUCUACGAUUUAAGGAUAGGCCUGACGAAACCUUUACCAUCCGUCAUCGAGAUCCUGUAGAAGCAAUCAAGAGCCUUUGGAAGGACCCAGAGCUGUUGCCAGAAAUGAUCUUUCAACCAUGCAAGACAUAUACCGACGACACUCGAGAGGAUCGAAUAUUUUCUGAAAUGUGGACUGGCCGUUGGUGGAAUGCGGUGCAGAGCAAGCUACCUGAGGGGGGGACGCUGGCACCCGUUAUCGUCUCAACUGAUAAAACUCAACUCACUCAAUUUACGGGAGGAAAGUCUGCCUAUCCUGUCUAUCUUACAAUCGGCAACAUACCAAAAGCUACAAGACGAAAACCUUCAAAGCAUGCUUGUGUGCUUAUUGCAUACCUCUCUGUCGACAAGCUUGACUGCACAAGACUUUCAGAACAAGACCAUCGCUCAAAGGUCCAGCGCAUCUUCCACGAAUCCAUGCGAAUCGUUCUUGAACCUCUUAUCAAUGCUGGUCAGACAGGCGUCCUCAUGGAUAGCUCAAAUGGGGACACUCGAAGGGUCUUCCCCAUUCUUUCCUGUUACGUGGUGGAUUACCCUGAGCAGUGCCUUGUCACCUGCUCAAAAUACAGCACCUGCUGCAAGUGCAAGGCAAAAGCGACGGAGCUCCAGGACCCAGAACCAGCAGAAGCACGUACCCCAGCAUGGACAAAGUCUGUUAUGGAAGAAGCCAAGUCCCAAGCUGGAGGGAAUCCACGAGCCUUUCACACACAUUGCAUGGCCUCGGACGUUGCUGGAGGGGUUUUCCGACCCUUCUGGGAUGGUUUCCCCCUUUGCAAUAUCAAUCGCGCCAUUACUCCUGAUGUUCUACACCAGCUCUACCAGGGUGUCUUCAAGCAUCUCGUCUCUUGGUGCCAACUUAUCCUUCCUAAGGGCGAGCUCGACAGACGCAUUCGCUGCCUUCCUCCCUCAUUUGGGGUCCGCCAUUUCAAAAACGGAAUAUCUGCUUUAUCUCAGAUCUCUGGCUCAGAACGCAAGAAUAUGGCGAAGAUUCUACUAGCUUGUCUUGUUGGUAGUAUCCCUUCAGCUGCGACCAAGGCCAUCACAGCUCUUCUUGACUUCAUAUACAUUGCUCAGUACCCGACACACAACAACUCCACUUUAGAAUACCUGCAAAACGCCAUCGAAGAAUUUCAUGAACAUCGCGACUAUUUCAUUCAACUAGGCCUUCGAAAAGAUUUCAACAUUCCUAAGUUCCACUCUCUUCUUCACUACAUAGACGCUAUCAAGGAUUUCGGAACAACAGACAACUACAACACUGAAAUGUUUGAAAGGCUCCACAUCGAUUUUGCAAAGCAUGGCUGGCAGGCGACCAAUCUUCGUGAUGAAUUUCCCCAGAUGAUUCGCUGGCUCACCCGUCAGGAGAAAGUUGCUGGUUUUGAAUCUCUGCUUAAAUCUGCUGGAACUCCUAUUGCACCUGUCAAACCACGCAACCAACGCACAAAAACAAUUGCAAAAUAUCCAAACUUUCCUGGUCGUUCUUUGUCAGACGUUCAACAGAAACAUCAUGCACCCUCCUUUGACCACCACCUCAGGAUUUAUCUGAACGCAAAAUCCCCUGACAGACUUUCUGCUAGAAACCUAACAGACACUGCACUUCCAUUUAGUAAGGUUAACGUCUACAAUAUGUUUCAUUUUGCUCCUUCUAGUCUUCAUGAUGAUGAUGACGAGAAAGAUGUGAUCAAGGCUAUUGGCUCCUCUUCUAACAUGCCAAAUGGACGGUUUGACACUGUGGUUGUUAUUGUCAGCGAGACGGCACAUGCCACUGGUAUCAAAGGCACAAGAGUUGGACGACUGCGGGUCAUAUUUACUCUUCCCCAGAAGUUUGACACAAGACUAGGCCCAAGAGAGCUGCCUUCCUACUGGCCUACAGAACCUCUUGCCUAUGUGGAAUGGUACAGCCCACAGGCUGCCAAUGCCUCUGCUGCCAACGGCAUGAUGUAUCGCAUUAAGAAGCUUGAACCUGACACUGCGGGCCACAUUCCAGGUGCUGUUGUUCCUCUUAGUCAUAUCCAUCAGAGCUAUAAUGUACUGGAUAAAUCCUUGUUCUUAAUUCAUGAUUUUGGAGAUACUGUUGGUGGGAGGAUAUCAGACCUCCCCAGAGCUUCCUCAGAGAGCUCGGAGGACUUUGAUUGUGGCAGUGCGCUCAGGGAGGUCAGAGUUUAUCAAGGGUGGCAUCGUGUUCAACCCCUCGUCAGCGGCGUGCCCCAUGCGUCGUACCGCAAGUAUGCCUCCCAGGCUGCUGCAACCGAGGCAUUCAAUGAGGCCAUGGAAGCCAGCUUAGUUGUUGUUAUCAACUGA